CCGUUCAGUUGGCUAAGGCUUUCACUCGUGGUGGUUGUGAGGAAUAUAAAGUGCUGCUUAGCGAAAGUGAUCUCAGAAGUGGUGCGACCCAAGAUGUGGUUUUCGAGUGACAGAUGGUUUCUUGUGCUUGUUUUUGGUGCAUUGAUACCAUUUUGUAAGAGUCAAGGGUUAUCAAUAAUUGGUCCUAAGAAGAUACGACCGAAUACCAACUAUACGGUAGUGUUGAGCAAUUCCCUGAACUAUCACGCUCGAGUACAGCUAUCGCUAGAAAAUGAAGACGAUCUGAAGAUGGUGAAACCCAUCGUAGUGCAGCGUCGAUCAGUACAAUCAAUCGAUUUCGCCCUGGGGAGCAUAGAGCGAGGCCAAUACACACUGGCCAUGGAAGGUUUAGAUCAAAGAAUAAGCUUAUAUCAACGCGUUGAGCUGGAUUUCGAGCCGAAGUCAAUGUCCGUAUUGAUCCAAACCGACAAACCUGUGUACAAACCCGGCGAGCUGUUACGAUUCCGGAUAGUGGUGAUUGAUGAAGACACAAGACCGGUCAAGAGCAUACAAACGGUAAACAUUGCAUUGGAUGAUUCAGAGGAAACGUCUAUUAGGAAAUGGCCAUUUGCUCGACUGUACAAUGGCGUAUUCGAAUCAGCGGUGCAAAUAGCCUCUUCACCGGUAUUGGGAAACUGGACAAUCACUGUUAAGGCUUCCGACGAUGUUAUAGUCACCAAGCAGAUCGAACUGAAAGAGUUUGUAUUGCCGAAGUUUUUCGUUCGAGCUUUUCCUUCCAAGGUGCUUUUGGUGGAAGAUAAAAAGAUCUCCAUAAUGGUGGAAACAGCUUACACGUUUGGUGAACCCGUCGACGGAACUGUCCAAGUGGAUCUGUAUAUAGAUGAAACAUCCCCUGAUCCACAAUUUUCCACCACUACUCGAAUCACUGGCCAAACAAUCGUUGAAUUUAAUCUUGGAGAUGAAGCUGAUAUUGGUGAAGUUGAUACCCGUACAGAUGUUACCGCGAAGAUUACUGUAACGGAAGCUUUUUCCAAUCGAACGAUGAACAUUACCCAGUCGAUUCCGCUUUAUCAAAAACCAUACGUAGUUACGGCCGUGCCGUCAUCAGCUGCGUUUCGGCCAGGGGUUGCAUAUCCAGUGCAGUUGGUUGUGAAAGACCACUUUGGUCGGCCUCCGAGUGAAGGAAAACCUGGAACGGUUCAAGUGAGAGCGGAAUUUGAUUUACCUGAAGACAGCGACAUCCAGGAGAUGGAAGCAGCACUCAACAAGCAUGGAGAGGCAGUGGUCGUUCUAGAUCCUCGCCCGAAUGCCUUACAACUGUCAAUUACGGCCACAUACGACUCCAUUGAGUACGAAACGAGCCAAGAGAGGAUAAGUGGAGUUCAAUCUCAAAGCAAGCAGUACAUUAAGAUUAACCGGAAUCCAAAGUACAGGGUCCGAGCAAACAAAGUCGUUUCAUUUGAUGUCUCCUGUACGAAAACUAUGACGCACUUCUCCUACGUCGUGGUUGCCCGUGGAAAAAUCGUUGCGUCGUCGAAUGUGCCAGUGGCGAAUAAAAGGAAAUACACGUUUAAGCUUAAACUGUUACCGGAGAUGGCACCGGAGGCUCGGAUUAUUGUGUACUACACCAAUGAGGAUUUCCUGAUUUUCGAUGACUGUGAACUGAAGUUUGAAACCUUCAACAAUGAUUUCAAAUUCACAUUGGAUAAGCACCAAUACACUCCAGGGGAAGACAUCCGAAUCGACGUGUAUGCUGCUGGUGACUCGUACGUAGCGUUCAGUGGAAUUGACCAGAGUGUGCUGCUAGUGGGACAGGAGCGUCACAAUUUCAACGAAGAAGAUGUGCUGAAGGAACUCUCACUUUACGGAAACACGAAUGACGAUGAGUUCGAUUUAUUCCAUAAAUGGGGAUUGUUUCUGAGAUCUACUUCUCAGAUAGACUCGAUUCAAGCUCCUAAUGAAUUGUAUCGCUUUGGCGGAUCGCUACUCGGGAUUGGAAAGUCUGCGGUAGAGGCAAUCCACAUACGCACUGUGUUCGACGAGUCCUGCUUGUGGGGUAACUACACCAUGGAGAAUAAAAGCACUCACAUGCAGAUAACUGAAUAUGUUCCGGAUACGAUCACCACGUACUACGUCUCAGGAUUUGCGCUGAGUCCCACCUUGGGGCUCGGGGUAGUCAAACAACCGGAGAAGUUCAUUGUGCGGAAACCGUUCUACAUGAUUGCAAAUCUACCGUACUCGAUCAAGCGCGGUGAGGUGGCACUGAUUCAGGUGACAGUUUUCAACUUCCUCGGGCAAAGCGUCACCACCGAUGUGACUUUAUACAACAGACAUCAACAUUUCGAUUUCGUUGAAAACACUUCAGGCAAUCCUAACGUACGGACGAAAACUGUGACCGUCCCGAACAACAAUGGAAGGCCCGUUUCGUUCAUGAUCAAAGCCAAAGUCCUUGGAAAAAUUGCUAUCAAGUUUCAAGCAAACAGCUCGCUAGACACGGACUCCUUAGAGCACAUGUUACGCGUGACUCCCGAGAGCCAACGGACCGAUAGAAACGAACCCCGAUUUAUUGAGCUGACAGAAAAUUUUGGAAGAAACGCCUUUGACUUUAUUUUGGACAUCCCUCGGACCAUCGACGAAGGCUCUGCUAAGAUCAAAUUUUCGCUGGAUCCCGAUAUUCUGGGAAAAACUAUUGAAAACCUAGACGGAUUGAUACGGAAACCAAGUGGAUGCGGUGAGCAGAAUAUGAUCAACUUUGUACCGAACAUCGUCGUGCUGGAUUAUCUCUCUGAAACUGGUACUGUAGCGGAUCACAUCAGAUCCAAAGCAAUCAACUUUCUCAGCAGUGGCUAUCAGAAUCAACUCCGAUACAAACGAUCGGAUGGUGCAUUCAGCAUCUGGGGCCAAUCUUCUGCCGGCAGUACGUUUUUAACUGCAUUUGUGGCCAAAUCCCUCAAGAUAGCCGAUAAGUACAUCAACGUGGACAGGGGUGUUGUAAAUAAAGCAUUCGAAUGGCUGGCGUCUAAGCAGAGUUCAGAUGGGCAAUUCCCAGAAGUGGGCAGGGUAUUCUCUGUGAGUAUGCAAGGAGGCUUGAAAUCGACCAGCUACGCUCUCACAUCGUAUGUAUUGAUUGCAUUUGGAGAAAACGAGGAAGUGGCCGAAAUGUAUAAGUCAGUUGUUCAGAAAACUGCGCAAUACCUAGUGACGAACUUUGAAAACAUCAACGAUGUGUACGAUCUGUCAUUGGCAGCUUAUGGAUUGUCUCUAAUUAAGCAUUCAAAGCGGAUGAAUUUUCUCAACAAGCUUAUUGAGAAUUCCAUUUUCGCAGACAAUGCUACUGAGCGAUACUGGAACAGGGACCCUGUUGGUGUGGAAGUGGCUGGAUACGCUCUACUGUCGUACAUCGCCAAUGACAUGUUUUACGAUGCCACACCGAUAAUGCAUUGGCUCAACAGGCAAAGAUACGGUCUUGGCGGCUACGCCGGGACACAGGAUACGUUUGUUGGGCUCAAAGCAUUGGCCAAAUUUGCAGCGAAAAUGUCCGGCACUAGAAACGAUUAUCGAGUUAGAAUAUACCACGGACAGCUGGAGCUCAAGUCAUACCAUAUCCAAAAAGCACAAUCAAUGACCAUUCAAGAGAUGGACAUUCCAAACCACAUUCGGAAGCUCAAGAUUGAAGUGGAUGGCAUUGGAAAUGGUUAUUUCCAAGUAGCGUAUCAAUAUUACCACAAUAUCCAAGUGGCAAAGCCCAGUUUCGAUCUGGAAGUCAAGCUGCUCAACACAACUACCUAUAACGUGCAACAUUUGAAGGUAUGUGUGAAAUACAAACCUAAAGAGGCUUAUGAUCGGUCAAACAUGGCCCUUGUGGAGACAUUCUUUCCCAGUGGAAUGUUAGCUGAAGUUGAAGCUGUAAAGGACAUAACCGGGGGAGUCAAGAAAACGGAACGGCGCUUCUCAGACACCUCGGUUGUUGUCUACUAUGAAAGCUUGGGCUCAGAGGAGGAGUGCUUCCAAGUGGCUGCCUAUCGUCGGUUCAAAGUUGCCCUGCAUUUGCCGGCGUACGUUGUGGUGUAUGACUACUAUCAUGAUGAUCGUUUUGCCAUCCAAAAGUACGAAGGGAAGGUACUACAGCUUUGUGACAUUUGCGAAGACGAAGACUGUGAAAUAUUGUUAUGCUAGUGUUCCGUUGACUACCCCAAAGAGUGUUCCUAAUGGUGUAAUGAUGUCGAAUGUCUCUUAUUACGCGAAGCGAUCACUUUGAUUUUUGUCUGUUUUGCUUUCUAGAACAUUCAUAGUCUUUUUGCGAAUUUGCUAGAUAAUCCUUUAGGGAUUUGAGAUGCAUUGUAUUUUAUGAAAAA